CUGUUGCAUGUGAAUGUCUUGGCAAACGAUAUGUCUGCGGAGUUUGGCGGAGGUGAAGCUUGCAGGUUCCAUCGGGGCAACAGUGCAGAAGACGAGGAAGCUGCGAACCAUCCAUCAUCGAGUCACGUGCGUGAACAGCAUUCAAGAAGCGCAUGUCUGUCAUGAUGGAGGCAUGAAAAGCAAUGCGCAGGCAGUCGCAUCAGUACAGUAUUGAACAGGUAUAACGCAUAAUAGAAAUGCUGUCCCGCGUGGCUCUGAGAGCCAUCCGGCCCUCUUCCACCUCCCUGCGCAUCUGCCACCACACACUCCCCGCAACCGCAUUACGGAUACGAACAUACGCCGACCGGCCGAAGCGACCACCUCCACCUCCACCACUCGGCGCUGGCAGACCUCCACCGAGAGCGACGUCUUCCCCCCCUCCACCACCUCUCCCCAGCUCUACCGGGCAAGCACGACAGACGAGUCCAGGCACGAGCUUGCCCCAAGACCAGACAUGGAAGGCGCAAGAUGGCAUCAAGCUUGGCGGUCCGGCGGGGGCAGCGGCAGGAGCAGCAGCGGGAGCGGGCAAGCAAGAUUUGGGUCCGGCAUUGAACACGUCCAGCGAUGACCCGAACGCGAUGCCUUCAUCCACGUCAGCCACAGAGAGUAUGAGCCAGCCCCGGUCACCAGCGACAUCAGCAGCAAUGCCAAGUGCGGCCAAUGAGGCGAAUCGAAGGGAAGAUGUGGCGCGCAUGACCACAUCGGUGGACGGCACGCGACCGCAGGACGCCAGUAUCAGCCAGGCUCCACUGGAUGAGGAAGGCAAGACGCAAGAGCCACUGGCGCAGAAGGCAGACGUGGACGAGCCGACGGCAGGCAGCAUCAGAGACCGGGUGCACGAUGCCCAAGCCAAGGCGGAGAACACGCCUCCUCCGCCCGAAAGCGAGGCAGCAGACCCACCACCACAACAGCCCCUCCCCGACCUACGGCAAGGCAUCCCAAGCACCUUCGACUUCGAGUUCGGCGCGGGACGUAAUCAACAACAACAGCAGCAACGCGACAAUAUCCAAUCGGAAAGACCCUCCGAGCAACAAGAAGGCGUAGACGUCACCACCACCCCGCCGCGAGAAGACCAACGCGAGCGCGAACAACGUGACUACGACCGCUCCGCCUACGAAACCUCCCUCGACCGCCGCCGCGCCGCAAUGGCCAAUUGGCUCUACGCCGGCCUCCUCUUCUCCGUCCUGGCGGGGGCCUUCUAUCUCGCCCGCCCCUACGACAUGCGGGAAACCGCGCCCUCCCACCUCGCCCCCGACGACGCCACCGGCUGGAGCCCGCGCAAACUCUACGCCCGCAUGCGCGCCCGCCUCGGCUCGCAGGUGGGCUAUUACACCGAGCCCACCUUCCCGAAACUCCUCCCCGAUAUCCCCGAAGCGCAACGGCAGCCUUACACUCUGGUCCUGAGUUUGGAGGAUCUGAUGAUCCAUUCCACGUGGGAUCGCAAGCAUGGCUACCGCACCGCCAAACGGCCCGGGAUCGACUACUUCAUCCGCUAUCUCUCCCAAUACUACGAGCUCGUCCUCUUCACCUCCGUGCCCCUCUCCAUCGCCGACCCGGUCAUCAAAAAGCUAGACCCCUACCAUUUCAUCAUGUGGCCGCUGGGCCGGGAAGCGACGAAGUACGAAGGCGGCGAGUACGUCAAAGACCUCUCCUACCUCAACCGGCCGCUCAGCAAAACCAUCAUCAUCGACACGGAAAAGGGCCACGUGAAGAACCAGCCGGAGAACGCGAUCGUCCUGCCGAAAUGGAGCGGCGACCCCAAGGACGCCCACACGGGCGACCUCGUCCGCCUGAUCCCCUUCCUGGAGUACGUGGCGACGAUGAGCACCGACGACGUGCGCCCCGUCCUGAAAUCCUUCGAGGGCAGCGACAUCGCCGCCGAAUUCGCCCGCCGCGAAGCGCUCGCGCGCGAGAAAUUCCUCGCGCAACUCCACGCCGAACGCGCCAAACGGCCCGCCUUCUCCAUCGGCUCCCUCGCCUCCGGGCUCGGGGUCAAGAAUGCCGGGAUGAUGGGGGGCGGCAUGGUGUUGGCGGACGGACAGUCGGUGGCCGAGGGCUUGGCGAAGGGGAAGAUGUUGUCGGAUCAGAUCCGCGAGCAAGGGCAGAAGCAGUACGAGGCGAUUGAGCGGCAGAUUGCGGAGCACGGGGCGCAGUGGUUGAGGGAGGAGGAGGAGGAGCAGAAGCGCAUGAUGGAGGUGCAGAUGCGGGAUAUGAAGAAUGCGCCGGGCGGGUGGAUGGCCGGUGUAUUCGGUGGUGGGGCGAAGAAAGAGUGACGGUCCUAACUAUAUGGUGGGUAGUGGCGGG